AUGCAGACUGUACCUGGGACGACCACUACGGUAAGAACUUUCAUCAUUGAAUUUUCUCAAGUUUUUGUCUAGCUUUUUCUUUCAAUUUCCUCUAAUAUUUUUGAAUAGGCUAAUCUUUUCUCAUAUUUAUUAUCUUCUUUUCUUUGCUCCUUUUUCGGCAGAUAAUAAUUAUCUAUUCGGAUAAGGUAGCCUGAGAAGUUGGUCAUAUUUUUCCUUUUUUUUUUUUGACAAAGCUGAGAAUAUUUAUAAUUUUUUUAACUGAAGGCCGAGCUUCUUGUACAGUUCUAUCUUAAAAAUCAUAAAUUUCCUCUGAAGCUUGCUUUGAAAAACUAUAUAUAGUCUGUGUGCCACGACUUGAAAUUUCACGGAACGACGUUCCGCUGUUCCGCUGCGUGCUUUGCGAACCUUGGUCGCGCUCAAAAUUUUUUUUUUCUUAUAUCAAGGUUCUUUAUUCUCAUGUGCUCGCACAGCAAUAACAAUAAAUUGAAAGCGUGACCUAGAUUCGGAAGACGCUUCGCGAACGCACGCAGCGGAACCGCGGAAUGUCGUUCCUUGAAUUUUUAAGUCGUGGCACCCAGACUAUAUUGUUUUUUCAAAUGAUUAAGCAGAUAGACGGAAAAAAUGUUGAAUGUUGAAUAAAUUGGUAAUUUUGGUGUUUCACUACGAGAUCAAAGAUUAAAAAUUGUCACAUUUCUGUAAUUUUAUAGCCUUUUCACCCAGAAAAUUCUCAUUAAUUUGAUCAAGGCAUUGAAAUAAAUGAAAAACUUCCUAGAGAGAUUUUUUAUUCAAUGAUCUUGGAUUCCAGACCCCCAUGAUCCCGAUAACUUCAACAACACCGUUCGUUUCCACAACCACAACCACAACUCCGACGCCAAGUUUGUUUUUUUAAACGUGUUUCCCUGUAAUUUUAAACUUCAGUUGACUGCCGUUCAUGCGAUCUCAGCCAACUGAAUAAGCCUCCGCUUGAAUUCAACAAUGAAACUCCGGCUGUUUACACGUGGGUUUUUGAAAAGAAAAAGUAGAAAAUUGGCAUUUCUCAAGCUUUCUUUCUUAGUUAUCAAAAGCUUUCAGAAAAUGAAAAUAUGUAGUUUAUUAGGAAGAAAGGCCUCCUUCCGAAUUUUAAUCUCUUCCAUUCGAAAAAAAAAACAGAUUCAGUCUUGGAAACUGAAGCUAAAGGUUGUCUGUUUUGCAGUUCAUAGCCUGUCAUAAUCAUUAUUUUUCCUGAACUACUCUCACUUAAAAGCAGAAAAAGUCCUAUUUUACCGGAAAAGUCGUAAGUUCAUAUUUUGAUGUUUUCUUUCAAGAAAAAGGACUUUUUCCUGCUUUCUAGUCGCUCUGUUAUAGUCUGUGUGCCAGGACUUGAAAUUUCACGGAACGAAAUUCCGCAGUUCCGCUGCGUGCGUUCGCGAAGCGUCUUUCGAAUCUAGGUCACGAUUUCGAUUGAUUGUUAUUUCUGUGGGAGUACAUGAACGUAGAGUAGCUUGAUAAAAGGAAAAAAUUAAAAGCGCAAAGGCGCGCAGCGGCACACCGGAAUGUCGUUCCGUGAAAUUCCAAGUCGUGGUACACAGACUAUAUCUAAAUUUUUGUUCGGCUUCAUAUUUUCAACACUUCUUUAUGUUUUCUUUGAAAAAUAUUAUUAUGAAAAGCCUUAAAAGCGUCAUAAACCAGCAAGAGACGUUUCUAUUAGCUUUUUACAGAAAACUUCUUUUUGGCUUUUUUUUUUUUGAGCUUUACCACUGUAACUUUUAUACCCUUUCACUGAGAGAAAAACCUAUUCAAAAGUAACUUUGAAUAAAUUCUUGAAGGCUUGGCUCACCGACAAACGAUAACUGCGUGACGGCGAAUGCAGUUUGCUCAGUCGCCCCGGGCAGCUCCGGAUUCUUAACUUUCGUGAGAAAAUCCAAUUUCUUUUAAAAUCAUUUUGACGUCGUUUCCAGCUUUACACUGAAUUUGGAGGAGGCGUAGCUCUGAUGCCGGGCCAGGAUACGGCCAUGUUGAUCUGUAACAGCGAUGGAAAAUGGUCUUAUACGCAGUCUGGAGUUACACUCAACCCGUCAGUUUUCGAUCAGUUUCUGACCGAAAUCUGAAGAGAUUAGCACUAUUUUCAAGCCUUCUUAUUCGAUAUUGAAAGAUAUAUGGUCUUUUUAAAAAGAGAUUGUUUUUCUGUCACAGUAAGAUUUUUAAAUCAAACUAAGAUCAACAAAUUUUGUUUAAACUAAUAUAAAGUAACCUUUUACAACAGAAUCGUCGGCGUUCAGUGCUCACAAGAGUUUGUUACAACCGAUUCGACUACAAGCUCUACUUCAACCACAACCUCAACCUCAACCUCAACGUCUUCGACUACAACCACAACUCGACCCGGUACGUCAACAACGAGCAGUACUUCUUCGACGUCGAGCUCAACGAGUACAACCACCCCUAGUACUACUAGCUCGACCUCAACUUCUACUAGUACUACUCCUAGCACUACUAGCACAACUCCAAGUACCACUUCAACUUCCUCAACUACUCCUAGUACUACGUCGACCUCGACCAGUACAACUACUCUUAGUACUACUAGCACAACUCCUAGCACAACCUCCACCUCAACCUCUACUCCUAGUACUACUACCACAACUCCUAGCACGACUACAUCUUCUACCUCGACCUCUACCUCUACUAGCACUUCUACCACAACUCCUACCACUACUAGCACUACUCCUAGCACAACCUCAUCUUCUACCUCAACUUCAACUUCAACUAGUACUUCUACCACUACUCCUACCACUACUAGCACUACUCCUAGCACAACCUCAUCUUCUACCUCAACUUCAACUUCAACGAGUACUUCUACCACUACUCCUACCACUACUAGCACAACUCCUAGCACAACUUCAACCUCUGCCUCAACAAGUACUUCUACUACAACUCCCACUACGACCUCAACCUCAACCUCGACUUCAACCUCUACUAGCACGUCUACUACAACACCCACUACGACCUCAACCUCAACCUCAACCUCCACUAGCACCACUACUCCUUCCACUACCACCACACUUGGUUUCUCUUCGCUUUUCCUUCUGUCCAGUCGUUCCUAACUAAAAUUCUCUUUUUAGGAGGAUGUGGAUUCUGUUCCGCCGCUCAGCUGACCCAAACGCCUGCUCCUAUAAAUAUGGAAGUUGCUGCGGUCUACCAGUCAGUUUGAUCUGGAUUUCUUUUGGAAUCGAUGAUUUUUCAGACCAGGACCCGCGAACCAAGGCUGUGUGGUAAUCAACGCCAUCUGCACUUUGAUACCACCUAAUCAAUCUUUCGUGCCUACCGUGAGUUACUUGAACUCGAGAAAAGUAUCACUGGCAAGAUGUUUCAGUAGCUCUGAAGAAGUAUAUGAAUCACAAAAUGGAGAUUUAUCAUUUUCAGCUUUAUACGGCGACUAGACAAAUUUCGUUACCGCCGGACGUAGCCACGACUGAACUGAUCUGUGGAGCCGACGGCGCCUGGACUUUUACUUUAGGCGGCGUAACAAUUGAUAGGUACGGAAGUUGAUUUUUUUUUUCUCGAACUAUUCUUUUUUCAGUGUUGUUGGAGUCAUGUGCGCUCAAAUCGCUUGA